ACUUAAACAAGUUUCUUUAGCGCAGAGUAAUAAAAGAGAUAUGAAAGCUAAACCUUGGUUUUCAUUCUUCCCAUUUCAAAUAUUUUCACAAACUCCAACAGCGAUCAAGUUUCUUCCACCCACUGUUUCUACUUUGAGUUCAAUAAAAGACAUGGAUCUUAGUGACAGAGAUCUGUCUGAUACUGAUAUUCCGUAUGAUCUUUCUCAAUUAUCAUCACUCCGAUAUUUGCACCUGAACGGAAAUAAUUUUGUUAGCCUUCCUUCAAGCCUUAGUCAACUGUGCGGUCUACAACACCUUUGGUUGAACGAUUGCAAGUUCCUUCAAUCAAUCAUGGAAUUUCCUCCUAAUCUACGGACGCUAGAUGCAAGCAACUGCCCUUUGUUGGAAGGACUCCCAAAUCUAUCCAACUUGAAACACUUGGAGUGUUUGGAUUUAAGUAACUGCAGCAGCUUGGUUGUCAUACAAGGUCUACAAAACACCAAUACCAUAAAGGAGAUUUAUUUGGAAGGCUGCACUAAUCUCAACACUACUUUCGAAGAAAGCUUAUUUCAGGGAUACUCAGAACAAGCUGUCAAUUGUAGCAUUUUUCUUUCAAGGCGGGGUAUUCCAGGGUGGUUUAAUCAUCAAAGAGUUGGGUCUUUUAUCUCUUUUGAUGUGCCAUCAGGUAUUGAACCAGAUUACUUAGAAAUGACUUAUUGGGUUGAUUAUGUAAACGAGGGUAAGCACGAUGUGACACUUCAAGUUAUCAUCAAGAACAAGACAAAUGAUACAGAAUGGACCUAUGAGGCAAACUUUUUCAGGACCUUUGAAGUGAAUUCCUGGGUGAGCAACGGGCCACAACCAUACCCAAUAAGAUGUGGGGACAAAAUUGAGGUUUAUGCUGGAGGGGAUGAAGAUUUGAAGGUAGAGAAGUGUGGGAUUCAUCUGGCAUACAAACAGCACUCACAAUCAAUGAUGGAAACUGAAAGCAAAAUCUUGGUGGACUUUAUUCCUCAGAAGAGAGGUCAUGUUGCAGUGCAAACAAGCAAUAAGUCAUCUAACGAAAACAAACUCUCUAAAAGAUUGAAGCUGGAGUGAAGAAAUAUAUUAUGCAACAAUAAUAAAUAUGACAUUGCUAGACAUUUGUGGUUGUAAACUUGUAAUUCAGACAUAAUUGGUAAAAGUUUCUUCUUUCUUGUAUUCAGGAAUAUUGUUAGUAUCAUAUUAUUUGAAUACAUUGAACUUCUGUUGAA